AUGGGAUCAAGAGCAUCGAAAUUAUUGGAAGAAGCACAAAAGAAUCAUUCAAAAGAUGUUAAUUUGAAAGAGACUAAUUUGAAGAGUCUUCCAAUCGUCGUUUGUACAAACUUUAAUUAUAUAGUUAAAUUGAAUCUCAAUGACAAUCUGAUAAAAGAGAUACCGCCAGAUAUAUACAAGAUGCGGUCUCUAAAGAUACUGUGGAUGAGUAAUAACAAGUUGGUGAGCAUCGCCGACGAGGUGGGACUGCUGUCCGAGCUGGAAGAGUUACACGUCGAUGGAAACAGCAUCAGUCGUAUAGGAAAGGUGUUUUUCGAGUUGAAAAAGAUACGUGACUUGUCGUUGGCGCGGAAUGCACUCAAGGAGGUACCAAGUGACAUGGUACACCCCAAACUCCUCAAAAACUUUAAUAGUUUUCUAUCAAACACUUUACUCUUUGAAAAGGAGACAAGUGCCAAACGACUCAUUGCAAUAUUCAACGAGACCAAGAAAAAGAAUCGUGAUGAUUUGGAAGAGUUGUUAAAGCUCGCCCAGAACGCUCCUAAACCCAUCCUUCCCCUUAAACCAAUGGAUGGCACGUCUAUCAGUUUACUCGACUUGUCGACGAUUGAAGUGGCCCGUCAAAUGGCACUCAUCGAUCAGUCGUUACUCGCACGUAUCUCUGCCAAAGAGUUGCUCUCAAAGAAAUGGUCGUCACAACAUGUCGGCAACAUAGAGACGUGUCCCAACAUCAUCAACAUGAUUCAAGUGUUUAAUAAUGGCAGUCAAUGGGUUGCGAGCGAGAUUGUGCAGGAACGGUCGUCCAAGCAGCGUCUCAAGCGUCUCAAGUUCUUCCUCGACGUCGCGCGCCACUGCUUUGAGAUGAAUAAUUAUAACGGACUCAUGAUGGUCGUGUCGGGACUCAGCAGCAGUAGUGUCGGACGACUAAAGGGCACGUGGGGGUCGCUGUCAUCACGUCGUCGCGAACAGUUUGAAGAAAUGGAGCGGUUUGUCAAUAUGGAGGGGGAACCCCACGUAUAUCGGGCCGUCUGGCAAACUCCUCAAUUUUGUCAAGAAGCUAAUGUUGAUCUUGCCGAAUCAUUUAAUCAGCAUCAGCAACAACAACAAACUAGUACAAGUACAAACACACCAUCCAAAUCAUCAAUUAAAAAAGAAAAAGAAAAGGAAAAGGAAAGAGAGAAAUCAGCUGCCAAAAAAGAAAAGAAACUACAACAACAACAACAACAGAACAAUACGAAUAAUAAUAUGUCAACACCACCACCAAAACUUAAAAAGGGUGAUCAAGCAAACACAUCGUCUCCAGCAAUCAUGUCGUCACCUCCCAAAGAAGGUGUACCCAAACUCGAGUUUACACUAUCUUCCAAUCGAUUCACUCCCAUCUCUCAAUUCAACAGUCUCUAUCAUUCCGUUGAUAAUAGUCCAAUGUCAUCACCUAGAUUCGUUACAAAUAAUAAUAAUAAUAAUCCAAAGGAUCAACAAAAAGAUUCCUCAUCCAAACAACCCUAUGACCAUUCACCAAACUCGUCAACUUUUUCAACCAUUCGAUCAACAUCGAGUUAUCUUGCAUCUACAUCACCUCCUCAAUCUCCACCUUCAACUCCAAGAGGUGGUGACAAUAGUAGCAGUAAUUAUAAAUAUCCAAAUUCUCCGCUUUAA